AUGUCUACAAAAGGAGAUCAAAUUAACUGUCAAUGUGGAGAUAGUUGUCAAUGUACAGGUGUUUGUACCUGCGGUAAAUCUUCUACUACUACCACUAAAGCUACCGAAACAAAAGACUCCAAGAGUGGCGAAACUCAUAAAGCAUGUGGAAAUAAAUCUUGUACUUGCAGCGAAUGCAAGUGUUCUCCAGGAGCAUGUAACUGCGGUUCGAAAUGA